AGCGCAGGGCCCCUAACAACCCACCGCCGUCCCAAAAGCGCACCCGUUGGUCGCCAUCGCCGCCCACCAUAAUUCCAACCCUUCCUUUCUCUUUCUUUAUAUGAAGAUCCAACUCCAUGAUAUUUCCAAGCCGUGACUUUGUUACCAUGAGCCGUUCCGAGAAGCAGCAGUCUGCGGCAAGCGCCAUCGCCGGCAAGAUGGCUCGAGCAUGCGACGGAUGCGUUCGCCGCCGAGCGCGCUGGUACUGUGCUGCCGAUGACGUUUUUCUAUGCCAGAGCUGCGACUCCUCCGUCCACUCUGCCAACCCCGUCGCCCGCCGCCACCAACGCGAUCGCCUCAAACCCGCUACCUCCUACUACUCGUCAUUUAUGGAAGCUAAAACCGAGGAGUUGAUCUUGGGGUGGCUCAAGCGCAAGGCGCGAACUCCGCGGCCUCGCCAGCAAACGAAGCCGGCGCAACCGCUGGCGCCGGACCUCCUAGAGAGUUCAACCGACGGGAACUGCAGCGAGGAGGAGCAGCUCCUCUAUUGUGUUCCAGUCUUUGAUCCCAUGCUCGCUGAGCUAUGCUCCCCACCCAGUCUAAAUGACUCGAAUUCAUCAGGUGAAGACACGAAGCUGGCGGUCGCGCAGUUGCCGGACAACGCUAUCACCUACAUCUCGCCCGUGGAUGCCACGGGGAGCGGGACUGUCGGGUUUGUCCCAUCGGACGAUGAGCUUGCGGAAUUCGCGACCAAAAUGGAGAGCCUCCUUGGUCGGGGGCUCGACAACAGCAAGAACUCGUCCGAGCACGGCACCAAGCCUGAGCUGGACAAUGAUAUGAAGAUGGCCACCUCGAGGGAGAGGCCGGACCUCAGUUUCAGUUGCCAGUCAAUGAAGAAGGGAGAGGAGGCCGAGGAGGGAGAGAAGGCGGGAUCCAGCAAGAAGGUUGCACUCAGGCUCGACUACGAGGCAAUCAUGGAGGCAUGGUCCAGUUCACCGUGGACUAAUGGAGAGCGGCCACAGUUUAACCUGAAUGUUUGCCGCUGGCCAGGCGACAUGGUACUUCACUUCUUCAGGUAUGUGGGUGGGAGAGGGAGGAGAAGAAGACAAGGGGGGAGGGCGGCAGGGAAGGGAGGCGAAGGUGACGAGGUAUAGGGAGAAGCGGAGGACGAGGAUGUUCGCGAAGAAGAUACGGUACGAGGUGCGGAGGCUGAACGCGGAGCAGCGGCCGCGGAUGAAGGGCCGCUUUGUGAAGCGGGCGUUCGUUACGCCGACACCGGCUUUUGCUGGACCGGCGUAAUAGUAAUUGCUAUCCCUAAAUGGAAUGGAAAGGGAGCUGAUCAGUUGCUGUCCCUGUUCACCCCUGUAAAAUAAUCCUACUUUUGUUUUUUUUUUCUUUUAACCUCUUCGGCAACUUUUGGUUUUUAUUUUUCACGUAAGUUCGUUAAAAAAAACCAAAAUGGAAAAAAGAAAAAGAACACUCUACAAUCCCGGCCAGCAAA